AAGAGAAAUGAAUCAGGGUUUGACGUUUUGUGUCUGCACCUUCACGAAUUUAUAAGUGCAGAAUCCAAAUAUAAAAUAUUGACUAAUUUGCACAGAGUUGUGCCGUUAUUUAAAAAAUAAAAAUUUAUUUAAGAGAAAGGAUUUUUCAAGGCUCAACAACAAAUAUGACCGCAACUGCUGCAGAUCGUGGCGCACAGCGAGGAGUUAGCCGCGUACUCGUUAAGCUGGAAAAUUCAAUUGAAUCGGGCAACUAUUAUGAAGCACAUCAAAUGUAUCGCACAUUGUACUUUCGAUACACCGGUCAGCAAAAAUAUGAGGAUUGCUUGGAUUUGCUAUGGAGCGGUGCAAUGAAGCUAGUGUCAAAACAGCAAGAAACUAGUGCUGCAGAUCUAUCCCUCCUCCUUAUUGACACAUUAGAUAAGCGUGGAAGUACCGAGAAUAAUGCUAGUAAUGAUGGCGACAUUUGGAUUAAACGAUUAGGUACACUUAUUGGACUUUUAAGUCAUACAACUGUGGAGCGAGAAACCUUAAUUAGUCGCGCAAUUAAAUGGAGCAGUGAUAUGUCGGGCAAUACUCUAGGGCAUCCCAACAUGCACAAAGCUAUUGCUCAAGUUUUUUGGGCUGAAGGAAAUUACGAACAAGCACGUCAUCACUUCUUACUAAGUCGUGAUGGAAAUCUAUGCGGUCGGAUUUUAAUAAAAAUCCACAAAAAUAAAGGCUAUGCAAAUGAAUUGGAUUUAUUCAUAGUACAGGCGGUACUACAACAGUUAUGUUUAAAAGAUCGGAAGACCGCUGAAGAUACUUUUAUCUCAUUCACCACAAAUCAUUCAAGCAUUAGACGUAAAGAGGCUCCUUUCAAACAACCGCUUUUAAACUUUGUACACUUUUUGUUUCGUUGUAUCGACACUGGACGUCACGACACAUUUCGUGCUUUAUGUGAUCUAUAUAAACCAUCGUUGAAUAGAGAUCCUUCGUUCGAAAAAUACUUGGUUAAAAUAGGAAUACAUUUCUUUGGUGUUGCGCCGCCACCUACAAUGACAGGAGGCGGUUUAAUGGGCGGCAUGUUUGGUGAUUUAUUCACACGAUUGUUCCAAGGAUUUGAUGACGAUGAUGAUGACGAUAACCAACAGGGGCCACAAGCUAGACCUAAUUCCAACGCACGUUUACGUACUGGUGGUGCUUCGAAUUCUGUCAAUCUAGAUUAACAUCAAAUAAGAAUGAUAAUACGACUAAAUAUUCAUGUUUUUCAAAGAAAUAUACUAUUAAUUUUUGCAUGUUAAA